AUGGCUCUUUUCGGUCAAGCGGCAGCUCCCGCUGCGAGCUCCACUACAGGCGACACCAGCAAAGACGUCGAGGUGCCCGCCGGCCAAGUACCCAGCGACAGCAUAUCUGACCUUCAAUUCUCGCCGACCAACGAUUUCCUUGCAGUGGGAAGCUGGGACAAGAAGGUCUACAUCUACGAGGUCAACGGCAACGGUGCGCAAGGAAAGUGGAUGUUCGAAUGCCCGGGUCAUGUUCUGGGUCUGGGAUGGUCAAAGGAUGGCACUCGUAUCGCAGCCGGCGACUCAACAGGCAUGCUCAACAUUGUCGACUUCCGCACCGCCCCUGCCAGCGGUACCGUCCCUGCGCAACAAGCCAAGGCCCACGAGAAUGGCAUCAAGUGCGUCCGCUGGUUCCAGACUGGAGGGCAGGACUACGUCGCUACUGGUUCUUGGGACAAGACCGUCAAGUUCUGGAACCUCCAAGGCGCUGAACCGGUUGGUACACUGACGUGCCAGGAGCGUGUCUACAGCAUGGACGUCAAAGACCAACUGCUAGUCAUCGCGACCGCUGAGCGCCAUAUCCACAUGGUGAACCUCUCAAACCCCACAACUAUCUACAAGACCAUCACCAGCCCUCUCAAGUGGCAGACCAGGGUUGUGAGCUGUUUCUCGGAUGCGACUGGUUUUGCUGUUGGCUCCAUUGAAGGACGAUGCGCUAUUCAAUAUGUCGAAGACAAGGAUACCAGCCUCAACUUCUCAUUUAAGUGCCAUCGCCAACAAGACCCCGCCAACCGCGACAUCGCCAAGGUCCACUCGGUAAACGCCAUAUCCUUCCACCCACAACACGGCACUUUCUCCACUGCAGGUUCCGACGGAACUUUCCACUUUUGGGACAAGGACGCCAAGCACCGCCUCAAGGGCUACCCCGAGGUCGGCGGCAGCAUUGUCGCAACAGGAUUCAGCAAGGACGGCAACAUCUUCGCCUACGCCGUCAGUUACGAUUGGAGCAAGGGUUUUGGUGGCAACACACAAAACUACCCUAUCAAGAUCAAGCUUCACCCCAUUCUAGGGGAGGAGUGCAAGCCGAGGCCGGGAAGCAAGAAGAGUUGUGAUGUCAAGAAGGGUGCAACGUCAAACCUAUCUACCCACCACAAUAUCUUAGCACCCAGCGAAACCCCAUCAACCACUUCCGGCACCCAUUGUCUGGUACUGUCCAUGCCGCCAUAUGGAGGCUUCCCAGAUGGAAAGAAACUAGCAACACUGCUUGACGGUGAGAGGAAAUGGUUCAUUCGCCUUGAUCAGAUGUCGCCAAAAGACUCUCCCAUGGGCGGCAAGUUGCCUAGCUCGACAAUUCACGAGGUCAUUACGAGAAUCUGUACCAGCAUGCGCGCGUAUGGCUGUCUGACUCGUGAAUUCGACGACGCGAAGAUGGAAGACAGGGACACGCAAAUCAAGCUUGUGCUGAACCCUUGGAACGAGGGUAUGGAUCCUGACAAAGAGUUUCGAGUUUUUGUAUCGCCACCUGCUGCAAAGAAUACAAGGGAACCACAUGCUACGAAGUUUGCGAUUAGUGCGAUCAGCCAAUACAGGUGGCCAAAAGCAUUCCAAGCGCCAUGGGGAUUUGACUUGCAGCAGACGAUAGAUUUGGUUAGCCAGGGUGCAGUGAAGGUUCUAGAAGACAUCAUAGCCUACACAGAGGAGCUUAGUGAGGACAUCACGGGGUUGUUGCUA